GUCUCUUCUUUCCAGAUGAUGUGCGAGGUGAUGCCAACCAUCAGUGAAGCAGAAGGGCCCCCGGGAGGAAGCGGGAGCCAUGGGUCCGGCUCGCCGUCCCAGCCGGACGCAGAUUCGCAUUUCGAACAGUUGAUGGUGUCCAUGCUGGAGGAGAAGGACCGCCUCCUGGAGACGCUGAGAGAGACCCAGGAGACGCUGGCAUUAACCCAGGGGAAGUUACACGAGGUCGGUCACGAGCGAGACUCCUUGCAGAGGCAGCUCAACACUGCGCUUCCACAGGAGUUUGCAGCACUUACUAAAGAACUGAACGUAUGCAGGGAGCAGCUCCUGGAGAGGGAGGAAGAGAUUGCUGAGCUGAAAGCAGAAAGAAACAACACCAGGCUGCUGCUGGAGCACCUGGAAUGCCUGGUCUCCAGGCACGAGCGGUCCCUCCGCAUGACUGUGGUGAAGAGGCAGGCGCAGUCCCCGGCAGGCGUGUCCAGCGAGGUGGAGGUCCUCAAAGCACUCAAGUCGUUAUUCGAGCACCACAAAGCUCUGGAUGAGAAGGUGCGGGAGCGCCUCCGCGUGGCCCUGGAAAGGUGCAGCUUAUUGGAAGAGGAGUUGGGUGCCACACACAAAGAGCUAAUGAUUCUUAAAGAACAGAAUAAUCAGAAAAAAACACUGACUGAUGGGGUGCUUGACAUAAACCACGAACAAGAAAAUGUGCCAAGCACGAACGGAAAGAGAUCUUCCGAUGGUUCCUUAAGCCACGAGGAAGACCUUGCUAAGGUGAUGGAGCUGCAGGAGGUCAUAGACAGGCAGUCACGGGAGCAGAGCCAGAUGAAGGAGCGCCUGGCCGCCCUCUCUGCCCAUGUGGCGGAGCUGGAGGAGGACCUGGACACCGCACGGAAAGACCUCAUCAAGUCUGAGGAGGUGAACACGAAGCUGCAGCGAGAUGUGCGGGAGGCCGUGGCCCAGAAGGAGGACAUGGAGGAGAGAGUCAACACCCUGGAGGAGCGCUACCUCGCGGCACAGCGCGAGGCCACCUCCGUGCAUGACCUCAACGACAAGCUUGAGACCGAGAUCGCCAACAAGGACUCCAUGCACCGGCAGACUGAGGAUAAGAACCGCCAGUUGCAGGAGCGCCUGGAGCUGGCGGAGCAGAAGCUGCAGCAGACCCUGCGAAAGGCAGAGACGCUCCCUGAAGUGGAGGCCGAGCUGGCCCAGCGGGUGGCUGCGCUCUCCAAGGCCGAGGAGAGACACGGCAACAUUGAAGAGCGGCUACUCCAGAUGGAGGCACAGCUGGAGGAGAAGAACCAGGAGCUGCAGCGGGCCCGGCAGAGGGAGAAAAUGAACGAAGAGCAUAAUAAACGCUUGUCCGACACUGUCGACAGGCUUCUCUCCGAAUCCAACGAGAGGUUGCAACUUCACCUUAAGGAGAGGAUGGCCGCUCUGGAGGAGAAGAAUUCUCUAGUACGAGAAGUUGAAGAUGCAAAAAAGCAGUUAGAAGAAACCCAGCACGAUAAGGAUCAGCUGGCCCUGAACAUUGAAGCCCUGAGGGCAGAGCUGACCCAGAUGAGGCUGAGAGGUGCCUCCCUUCACCACAGCCGACCCCACUUGGGCAGCGUCCCAGACUUCAGGUUCCCCGUGGCAGAUGGCCCCAUGGACUCCUACGGUGGCAGCGUGGUGUUGCGGCGCCCCCAGAAAGGCCGUGUGGCAGCGCUGCGGGACGAGCCUUCCAAGGUACAGACUCUCAAUGAGCAGGAUUGGGAACGUGCCCAGCAAGCCAGUGUCCUGGCAAACGUAGCACAGGCCUUCGAGAGCGACGUUGACCUUUCUGACGGCGAGGACGACAGGGACACUCUCUUCAGCUCAUCUGCGCUGCUGUCACCCAGCGGGCAGGCCGACGCCCAGACGCUGGCCAUGAUGCUCCAGGAGCAGCUGGAUGCCAUCAACAAGGAGAUCAGGCUGAUACAGGAAGAAAAGGAGAGCACGGAGCAGCGGGCCGAGGAGAUCGAGAGCCGCGUCGGCAGCGGGAGCCUGGACAACCUUGGUCGUUUUAGAUCAAUGAGCUCCAUUCCCCCAUAUCCUGCAUCCUCACUCGCGGGCUCCUCCCCCCCAAACAGCGGUCGGUCCACCCCGAGACGCAUCCCGCACAGUCCAGCUCGGGAAGUGGAUAGGCUGGGCAUCAUGACCCUGUUGCCGGCUUCCCAAGAAGAGGUACGAGAUGACAAGACAACAAUAAAGUGUGAAACGUCCCCCCCUCCCUCCCCGAGGUCUUUGCGCUUGGACAGGCUGCACAAAGGCGCCCUGCACACGGUCAGCCACGAGGACAUCAGGGACCUCAGGAAUUCAACAGGCUCCCAGGAUGGCCCGGUGAGCAACCCCAGCAGCAGCAACAGCAGCCAGGACUCUCUCCACAAAGCCCCCAAGAAGAAGGGCAUCAAGUCCUCCAUCGGUCGCUUGUUUGGCAAGAAGGAAAAGACGCGCCCUGGGCACGUGGGCAGGGAGGCACUGGGGCAAGCUGGUACUUCAGAGACAGAAAACUCAUCUCCAGAUGCCCUGGGACUCGGCAAGUUGGGAGGACAGGCUGAGAAAAAUCGCAGACUUCAGAAGAAGCACGAGUUGCUCGAGGAAGCCCGGAGACAAGGUUUGCCUUUCGCACAAUGGGAUGGGCCCACGGUGGUCGUCUGGCUGGAGCUCUGGGUGGGGAUGCCAGCCUGGUACGUGGCCGCAUGUCGAGCGAACGUGAAGAGUGGAGCCAUCAUGUCGGCCCUGUCGGACACAGAGAUCCAGCGGGAGAUCGGCAUCAGCAACCCCCUGCACCGGCUGAAGCUGCGGCUGGCCAUCCAGGAGAUCAUGUCCCUGACCAGCCCUUCGGCCCCGCCCACGUCCCGGACGACUCUCGCAUACGGGGACAUGAACCACGAGUGGAUUGGCAACGAGUGGCUGCCGAGCCUGGGCCUCCCGCAGUACCGCAGCUACUUCAUGGAGUGCCUGGUGGACGCGCGCAUGCUGGACCACCUCACCAAGAAGGACCUGCGGGGGCAGCUGAAGAUGGUGGACAGCUUCCACAGAAACAGUUUCCAGUGUGGAAUUAUGUGCCUGCGAAGGUUAAAUUAUGACCGAAAAGAACUGGAAAGGAAAAGAGAAGAAAGCCAGAAUGACGUAAAAGAUGUGCUUGUUUGGAGUAAUGACCGUGUGAUUCGCUGGAUCCUGUCCAUUGGCCUUAAAGAAUAUGCCAACAACCUCCUGGAGAGUGGGGUGCACGGGGCACUCAUGGCCUUGGACGAGACCUUCGAUUUCAACGUGCUGGCCCUCCUGUUACAGAUUCCCACGCAGAAUACCCAGGCUCGUUCUGUCUUGGAAAGAGAGUUCAACAACCUUUUGGUCAUGGGGACUGACCGACGAUUCAAUGAAUGUACCCACACUACUUCUACAGGUGAUGCUGCAGCGCCCGAGUCCUGCAGAGGCGGAGUUCCAGAGCCCAGGGGAAUCCCCACUGUCGGGACCUGUGACACGGACCGAGAUAUUUUAUUACAGAGUUUUUAAUCAGUGAGAAAUUCAUGGAUACCAUGAAGAGAAUAUUUUAGAAUUUAAUGUUUCUUAUAUUUAUGUAAACUUCUGCCUCCAUUUAUACAGUUACUUACCUUUCCGUGUGUGUCCAGGCCAGUCAAGUCUGUUCUUGUGUCUGGUCUUAGUCUCAGAUGAAUGUACUGUAAUGCUCAUGUGUAUAAAUCCUAUGAACGAUGUAGGGCUUUUGUAAAUUAUGCAUUUACUGUAAUUAUCACUGUUUAAUUUUUUAAUAAUAAACCACGGCAGAGAAGAGGCUUUCCCUGCGUCUGUGACGUGGUCCUGACACCGGGCGUUGGCCAUUCGGAACGCCCGGCUGCACAACAAUCAUUGUGAAAUGGGCAGACCCUUCUCCAGCAGCUGCUGCGUGGUAUCGACUGACCUUGCUGCCCUUUUCUAGCAAGAAAUGCCUCCUCCUGCCCCACGAAUGUCUCUGGGUCAGAUGUCAGCGUUCCUGACACUUGGGCUGUGAGAGGACGAUCAGAACACUAUGAGAAUCUUCGCCAGCUCGGGCCCGGGGCCUCGUCUCUGCGGACUCGGAGACCUUGUCUUCAGAGCCGCGCGGAGCCCCCAGCUGGGGCAGUUCAUAGCUGGACAAGAGAAAGCGGGCGGGAGCUCUCGGCCUCCAGCUCUGCCCCGGAGGGUGGGAAGGCGCUGGCACCCCCCCACACGAGGACCAAUCCCGGAGGCCGCAGGUCAUCGCAGAGACCUUGGUGCAGAGGUGACGCUCGGGCUCCUGAGAAUAAUGCCGAGCAACUAAUAAAGGCCUUAUUUUUCUUACUCAG